AUGGCAUCUGAAGGCGCACCACCCACCCCAAACAAAUUGGAGGUGGCGCUUUUCCUAGCUGCUAGUCAGGGUUACGACACGAUCGUCAAAUUGUUAUUGACCACGCCCGGCGUGAAUUUGAACUGCACAGACCCAGACAACCGAACGCCUGUCGCCUGGGCUGCGGACGAGGGGCACGAGAAUGUACUUCAACUGCUGCUUGAAACAGGCUCUGUUGAGCUCAAUUCGCAAGAAUCUAAGAACGGUUUAUCUCCCCUAUGCUCGGCUGCCAAAAAGGGACAUACAGGGGUUGUGCGUCGUCUGCUGGACUGUCCUGGUGUGGACAUUAAUCUUCCAGAUUCCAAUGGGCAAACGCCUUUGUCCUGGGCUGUUGAGAAUGGUCAUACUGCAAUAGCCCAGAUGCUUCUGGGCGCUGGCAGUGAUCCGAACACUCCAGACCCUAGUGGACAAACUCCUCUGUCUUGCGCGGUGGCAAAGGGAAACCAGGAAAUUGCCGGGGUCUUGCUGGGAAAUGGGAUUGUCCAAUGCAACACCCCUGAUUCAAACGGACUUACUCCUCUAUGCUGCGCUGUGAAUCAAGGGCACCAAGGAAUCGUGGGCCUGCUUCUGGGCCGCAGUGAUGUCGAACCGAACACGCCAGAUAGUGAUGGAUACCCGCCACUGUGUCGAGCAAUCGCAAAGAGAUCUUUAGGAAUGGUGCAGAUGCUUCUCAGGCGCGGUGAUGUCGACCCCAACGUUCUGGAUCCCGAUGAGGAGACGCCCCUAUCACGGGCCGUGGAUAAAGAACAUGAGGAGAUAGUGAAGAUGCUUAUACAACGCCCUGAUCUUGACCCAAACACCAAAAACUUUAGCGGACAAACACCAUUGUUCUGCGCUGUAGAAAUGGCCCAUCAUGUAAUGGUUCAGAUUAUUCUAGCGCAUAGUAACGUUGAUCCUGACAUUCCAGAUCCCAAUGAACAAACGCCAUUGUCUUGUGCUGUCGAACGAGAGGAGCCCGAGAUAGUAAGGCAGCUGCUGAGAGCGGGUGCUGACCCGAGUGUCGUGGAUAAGAAUGGCAGAAUGCCACUUUCUCGAGCCGCAGAGAAGGAGAACCCGGAGAUGACCAGGCUUUUAUUGAGAGCCAAGGCGGACCCAGAUGCCGCUGAUGUGACCGGAAGGAUACCACUGUCUUACGCCGUGGAAUCCGGACACCUGGAGAUAGUCAGAUUCUUGAUAAAGGCUAAAGCUAAUCCAGAUCUGGGAGACGACGACGGGAAGCUACCCUUGUAUUUCGCAGUUGAAAGAGGAGAUCACGACAUAGUCCAUAUGCUGCUGAAAGCUAGGGCUAACCCAGACCUCGCAGAUGUCAACGGAAGAGUACCACUGUCUCUUGCCGCAGAAAAGGGGGACCAAGAGAUCGUUCAGUUGCUACUAAAGGCAAAGGCAAGGCCUGAGGCGAAAGACAAAAAAGGACGGACGCCGCUUCUAUGGGCAGCAGACAAGGGAUUUAUGGAAGUAGUAUGGCUUUUGCUUUCCACCGGCAAAGUUAACGUCGAUUUUGCUGAUGAUGCUGGUUGCACUCCACUAUGGUGGGCGGCUCGUCAUGGGCAUUUACCCGUUGUGCGGCUGCUGUUACGAAGCGGAGCAGAUAUCGAACGACAACCGCAGGUCGAUGAUGGAGGGGGAAGCAGGUUCGGGAGUCCAUUAUUCCAAGCUGGCCGAAAGGGCCACUUGGACGUGGUCAAAUACCUGUUGAAAAAGGGCGCUGAUGUCAACGCGGCGAACGGCGAAGAUGAAAUUUCACUGUUAUUAUCACUCAUGAAUGAACGAGCCAGACACGGCAGGGACAUCAUUGGCUUGAUAUUGCAGAAAGGAGCAGACGUCAAUUUCGCCGACAAGUUGGGACAAACGCCCCUCGACAUAGCUACGAAGCAAAACGACCUGGAAUUGAUGAAAUCAUUGAUUGAGAGUGGCGCCGAAAUCGACUCGAUGACGGAGGAAGGUGCAACCCCAUUGCACCGAGCAAUAAUCAAUGAGCGCGAAGAUAUAGCGGAGGUAUUGCUAGACCAUGGUGCGGAUCCAGAGGCACAGGAUCAUCUAGGCGAUUCCCCUCUUCAUUUUGCAGCUGCGAGUGGUCGGCGUAAGAUGGUUGAACUACUUUUGGACAAGGAUGUUGAUAUCAACGUCACGAACUACACCGGGGAUACGCCUCUGCAUAAGGCCGCUAGUCACGGCCAUCGAAAAAUGGUGGAGUUCCUGCUCCAAAAUGGAGCUGAACUUGAAAUGCGAGACGACUACCGGCAAACGGCGUUGCACAAGGCGGUUGGCGCUAAGCACCAUAUCCUGCGACUGCUUGUCAAUCGAGAUGCCGAUGUCCUCGCAAAAGAUAUGUAUGGCAAGACAGUGCUCCAUCUAGCUGCGGAAGCCGGGUUGAAGGAGGAUGUGCAUUUCCUGAUGGGCCAUGGAGCUGCAACAGAUGGUAGGGAUGGCAAGGGACGGACUGCCCAGGAUUUGGCUCGAAUUGAAGGACACAACGAGGUCGCGGAACUUUUUAACAAGAUGGCGCUGGUUCUCGCGGAUCAAUCUUCUGAUUAA